AUGCACACUGGGGAAAAACCAUAUAAGUGUGAGAUUUGUUUAAAGCAAUUCAGUCAUGCAAGUUCCUUGAAAACUCAUUCGAUAGUGCACACUGGGGAAAAACCUUACAAGUGUGAAAUUUGUCUAAAACCGUUUAGUGCUGCAAGUGAUUUGACAAAACAUUUGAGAACUCAUACUGGUGAAAAACCUUACAAGUGUGAGAUUUGUUCUAAGCAGUUUAUUCAAAAAGUUCAAUUAACUUGUCACAUGAAAGUUCACACAGGAGAAAAACCUCACAAGUGUGAAAUUUGUUUUAAGCCAUUUACUCAAGCGGGUCAUUUGAAAACUCACUUGAGAUUGCACACUGGGGAGAAAUCUUUUAAGUGUGAUAUUUGUUUUAAACAGUUUAGUCAAAUAGAUUAUUUGAAAAAGCAUUUAAGAGCGCAUACUGGUGAAAGACCCUACAAAUGUGAAAUUUGUUUUAAAUCGUUUAAUGCUGCACAUCAUUUGAAAGAUCAUAUAAGAACCCACACUGGAGAAAAACCUCAUAAGUGUGAAAUUUGUUUAAAGUUAUUUACUAGAGCAAGUUAUUUUAAAGCACAUUUGCGAACACAUAGUGGAGAUAAUCCUUAG